CCUCAACUCAGAGUCAGACUGGCGCAGGACACGACAGAAUUGUCUUGUGCUUGCGUUGUGCUUGCGAAUUCUUCUGGACCUGCGAUUCUGUUCGGACUUUGUUCCUCUACCUUUUGCUGUAGCCUGUCUCUGUCUGGCGCUCGCCCUAUUGGCACAACCGAUUGGCACAACCGCGCAAGCUAUGCAACGGGAACAACUUCGUCGUGGCUUCGUUAUUAGCCAUCAAAAGGUCGUUCUUGAGGUGGAUUUUGCCGGUUCCCUCUGGGGCUACACAGAGAUCACGUUGGUGCCCACGACCAAGAACCUCAAAACGAUUCACUUGCAUCUGAAGCAGUGCGCUGUCCACUCGGUAACUGUGGGCGCGCAUUCGGCCGAGUUCGUGCAGCACGACUCAUUCUCUAACCUGAACAUUUCCAAUAUACAAGACUGUCACAACCACCCUGAAUUGAAACGUAAGAUAUAUUCGGCCUUGGCCGAGGAGGAUGAGGCUGGUUUGUCCAUUGCUGUGCCCGAGGGAGUAUCGUUGAGGCAGGCGGGUAACUCGUACGUAACUGGUAUACAAAGCGAAUUUGGCACUCCUGAACCACAGACUCCGGGACCUUCCUUCAGUCAAGCCGCAUCCAUUACGGAGUUCGCGCCCAUAGUUGUCCGCGUCGAUUACAGCUUGAAACAUCCCGUCGACGGCGUUCAGUUUGUUUUGCCCAGUGAUUCGUAUCCCUACCGGAUUCCACAUGCAUACACGACGCCAUCGUCGCCCGAUGCCGCAAGAUGCUGGGUACCCUGUAUCGACAAUUUCUGGGAGAAAUGCACAUGGGAGUUCGAAUUCGUUGUCCCACGCUAUCUAGAAGAACGAGACAGCGAUCCAGACGAACUGGACGGUGAGGCAGGCGAUCAACAAGGUGCAUACCCUACGAUCGUCGUGUGUAGUGGGGAGCUAGCAGAACAGGUGGCGCACCCUUACAACUCCAGCAAGACAAUAUUCUUGUUUAGCCAGUCCGUGGCAACUUCUGUUCAACAUAUCACCUGGGCAGCAGGUCCCUUCCAUGUUCUACCGAUCGCGCAGGAACUCAACGCCGCGGACGAGUCUGUCGGCUCAUCCCAACUGCUCAUGCACGCGUUCUGUCUACCUGGCCAUGAAUCUUUCCUUUCCACAUCCGUUCCUUUCCUACGAUCGGCGAUGUCCUUCUACACCACCGAAUUCGGAUCGUAUCCAUUCAGCUCCCACAAACUCGUUUUCGUAGAUCAAUUACCGACGCAACGUUUCGACGGCGCUACCAUGUCCCUUGUUACUGUCGACCUCCUGCACGGUAGUGACGCUAUCGACCAGGUGUUCGAAUGUCGACAGUCCCUCAGUCAUGCGCUGGCCUGCCAAUGGGUCGGAAUCAACAUUCAGCCGAAGACAUGGUCCGAUACGUGGCUCGUAAAUGGAUUGGGCCUAUACAUCACCGGCCUCUUCAUCCGGAAACUGUUUGGCAACAACGAAUACAGAUUUCGAAUCAAGAAAGAUAUGCAGAGGGUGCUUGAGUACGACAGUGGCAUGAUGCCACCCAUCUGUCAGCCACAAAACUUCGAGCCCCCGGAUGCGGCAUCUUUAGCGUUCAUCAACCUGAAGGCCCCUCUUGUGCUACACAUAUUGGACAGGCGGCUUUGCAAGUCUGGAACUUCUCUCGGUCUUUCACGGAUACUCCCCAAGGUGUUCUUGGCUGCUAUCAGUGGCGACUUACCAAGUAACGCGCUGUCGACACAUUACUUCUUGCGUAUGUGUCGGAAAGUCAGCGGACUUGAUCCCCGGUCUUUCGCGGAACAAUGGAUUUACGGCAGCGGGUGCCCAUCUUUCGGGUUUUCAGCCUCUUUCAAUCGAAAGAAGAUGGCCGUAGAGAUAACCAUGCGACAGGAGGCUCCCGCCUAUAGGUUGUAUGAACAUGAUGAGGUGAAGAGGGCCUUGUGGAAGCCUGUGCCAUUCUUCGAGGGUCAAAUGACUGUCCGGAUCCAUGAGGCUGAUGGGACACCAUAUGAACACGUUCUUGACAUUCGAAGCGAGUUCAAGCGCUUCGAGGUUCCCUUCAAUACCAAGUAUAAGCGAGUUAGACGGAACACGAAGCGGUAUCUCGCCAGGCAGGCAGCAGCGCAAGCUGCUGCGGAGGGCGACGCGGAGGCUGCGGAGGCUAUCGGCAUGAUUGACAUGAGUUUUGGCCUGGAUAUAUGGGAGAAGGAGGAGGAGCGGGAGAACUGGAAGGUCGCCGAUUGGACCGAAGAGGAUGAGCAGAUCAUGAGUGGCGCGACCUACGAAUGGAUACGGAUGGACGCUGACUUCGAAUGGAUCGCGGCUAUCGCUUUUGAACAACCCGAUUUCAUGUGGGUAUCGCAGCUUCAACGUGACCGGGACGUGGUCGCACAGCUUGAGGCCGUGUAUGCGCUUUCACGGCAGCCCACCGCGAUCGUCUCGAGUACGCUGACGAAGACGGCUCUCGUCUCCAACUAUUUCUUCCGAAUACGUUGCGAAGCCAUAAUCGCUCUCGUUUCGUGUGCCAUUCGCAAGCUUGACUAUUUGGGGCUGUUUCAUCUGUUUAAAUUGUUCCUGCGAUAUUGUUAUGAUCCCGAGGACCCUCAUCAAGAUCUAUUCACACAUACCUAUGUUCCGCGUCCAAACGAUUUCUCAGAUCUAUCAGAGUAUUUUGUGCGCAAGAGCCUGCUCACCGCAAUUUCUCGAGUGCGUUUUGAAAACGGCAAGACUCCUGCCAUCAUCAGACGGUUUCUGGUUGAUCAAUUGAAGUACAAUGACAACACGUCGAAUCCUUAUUCAGAUGCGUUCUAUAUCUGCAGCAUCAUAUCCGCUUUAGGAUGUGCCAUUGUUUCGCUUGCGCCGCCUGAGCGCGGAGAGCUCCUUCCUAUGGAAAGCAAGACAGAACAAUCGUCGGACGACGUCGUAUUACUCAGACAAGCUCUGGCAGAAGUAGAUCGGUACCGUAGCAUGGAUCGCCUGAUUCCAUCUCCUCAUAAUGCGGUCACGAUCGCUGCUAUCGAGUUCUACUUACUGCCCAGCAUGGCUGAUCUCAUUCCGAAUGAUCCUCGGAUAUAUUUCCCUUUGACUCGAGAGGGAAACUAUACACAGGUCCGAAUGGCCGCAUUCGAUGCCCUCUUUCUGACGAAGUGGUAUGUUCCUCCGAUCAUGCGAUACGUACUCGCAGUUAUGGCGAACGAUCCGUGCCGCACCGUGCGUCGUCAUGUCGCUCGCAACGCCUGUCAAAGUCUGGCGUUGCUGGUCACCAUGGGAGAGAUGAAGACUUCCUUGAAAGAGACGGAUUCAUUGCUUAUUGAGGAAGACGGGGCACUACAGGAGAAGGCGAAAGAAAACAAGAAGACAGACCUCGACAUAUUGAUCAAGACGCUUCGCAAAGACAAGGAGGUUGGCAAGAACGAGAUCCUACGCCAAUUUCUGAUGCCAAUAGCAGUUGCCCCAGACGUCGAUCAUGAAGUUCGAUGGUGUCUGCUAAAGCUCGCUGAUCUUGUCGUACGUGGGCAUGAAGAGACGCCUCCCAAGGUUACCAUCCACCUGCCACCGACGCCCAUACUGGAGACAGCCCCUGUACUGCCGCAAGUCAAGGCGGUUUUACCUCACCGUGGCAACAAGAUGAAUCCGCAGCAGGCGGCUUCGUCGCCUAGUAUUCCCGUGGCGCCGAAACUGAAGCUGUUACCUACCACCGGAGCAGCUACCCCCAAGGUCAAGUUCCCUGGAACACCGUUGACUGCGGAUGCCUCAAGGCAUGGGUUCAAGGUGCCACCACCCAGGAAACCGGUCGCGCCAAAGCCGACUAAGAAUGGGACGAGAUAUCUCACGAAGGCGCAGGCUUCCGGAAUGUCUCACAAUGACCUCAAGGCAUGUCGUAAUAUGUUAAAGAAGCUGCAGACACACAAGCGAGCAACCCUUUUCCUGCAACCAGUCGAUCCUGUUAGAGAUCGAGCACCAAAGUACUUUGAUAUUAUCAAGGAGCCCAUGGACCUCAGCACCAUGGGCGCUAAGCUGGAGGCCGGCAAAUACAGUGAUCGAUUCGCGUUCGAAAGUGACUUCAGGCUGGUUGUUAACAACUGCAAAACGUACAAUGCUCCCAGUACAUAUCCGUGGAACGAAGCCGUCGCGCUUGAAAGUUUCUUUGAUAGACAAUGGGAACGCAUCAAGAAGACCUUGGAAGCAGCGGAUCGAUCACAUGCGCAUGGCCCUGGACCGUCACAAUCCGGCCCUGUUAUCUCAAAGUCCCAAGGCUCUCUCCGGAUGAUCCCCCAAAGCGGCGAGUCGUCACGCAGCGACGGGCCACAUAUCAAGACUGUCAAGAAAGGUGAUAAUGCGCGCCAGUCGGCACGGUCGCGAUGGACACCACAUAUCCAGAAGCCUGCGGAGAAUGCCGCUGUUGAUCUCCCUCCCCCGCCGUAUGUAGAUGAUGGGUCUCAUGAUCUACUCCAGGAGGUUAUUGCCAUGGAGAGGGAAAAGGACGCCAAAACCUCCACAAAGAGGAAGAAAUCUACAUCGGAGGACGCAAGUGAUAUGGACGAUGAGGACAUUCUGGCUUUAGCGACUCCCGCGAAGAAAGAGAAACUCGAGGCGCGUGGCUCAUCAAGAACUCCUGAGGUCAAAACAGACCCUUCCCCUGCCUCACAAAUCGCUGUGCAGAAACCUCUCAACCCACCAAUUAAAUUGAAAAUCAAAGAAAAAGAAAUGUCUGCUCCUGUCCGCCCCUCGACACCUCGUGAAACUUCGUCCCGUCCCGGAACUGCCAUCAAUGUCAAGAAAUGCCGGGAUAUUAUCAAACACCUCCGUGGGAUGAACGAAGCACAGCUCUUUCUUCGUCCAGUCGAUCCUGUGGCUGAUGGAUGCCCUACGUACUACGACGAGAUUCAAUAUCCUAUGGAUCUCGGCACGAUGCUUGAGCGACUUGAUCAAGGCCGCUACACUACCAUGGAACAAUUCCGCGAUGACAUGACUCUCAUGUUCAGAAACUGUCGACAAUUCAAUCCCCCUGGGACAUACCCCGUGGUAUGCGCAGACAUCUUGCAGGGCGUCUUCGAGAAGGAGUGGAACAAGGCCCCGGACAAAAAACUGUCUUACGGGGAUAAGCGAGGCCUCCAAACAGUGAUGAACAAGAUUCAGGCGGACGAUAUAUCAUGGGUAUUCCGCGAGCCAGUUGAUCCAGUGGCUCUGGGCAUACCUACCUAUUUCGAUAUCAUCCCUCGAAAAGAUGCGCGCGACCUCAAGACCAUUCGCCAGAAGCUUGAUGCCGAUAAAUAUGACUCGGUCGAGGCUUUUGAGGCAGACAUCGACCUGAUGGUUCGAAAUGCCGUCAAGUUCAAUGGCCCGGACUCCGAGGUUGGAAAGGUUGCCGUUCUGCUUAGGCAUCGUGUGAAGGAGCUCUUGGGAGCUGUGAAGCCUGCCCCGGAGAAGGAGAAAGAAAAGAAGAUGAGUCCAACGGAGAAGAAGGGUCUUCAAAACGCCCUAAGCAAGCUCGUAUCUGAGGACAUAUCGUUCGUGUUUCGAGAACCCGUGGAUCCAAUCGCGUUGGGAAUACCUUCUUAUUUCAAGGUCAUCCCUCGCAAGGACGCACGAGACCUGAAGACCAUCCGAACGAAGCUCGACGCCGACAAAUAUCCGUCGAUAGAGGCGUUAGAGGCUGACAUCGACUUGAUGGUUAGCAACGCCGUCACCUUCAACGGCAGAGAGUCGGAGGUAGGACAGGUGGCAAUGAUAGUACAACAGAGGGCCAAGGAGCUCAUAAGCGCCGUCAAGUCUAAGAAGCGCAAGGAUCCGGAGAAAGGACCCUCACAACCCUCAAAGAAAGUGCGAUUGUCAUAAGCAACCGCUAUUGUUGUCCCUUCGAGGGACAAGCUGCUUUCGUCGCCUUUGUACACGCAACGUUGUAUGUAUAGUAUUUGUAUACGUCAUAACUUACCGUAAUGCACUUCAUCCUUGCAAGUUCC